AAUCAUAUUAAUAACAUUGAUGUAGUUUAUUACUUUUUCAAGAGUGGACAUCACAUAAGAUAUUCGAUACAAAAGUCCAAGUACUCAAAAAUAAUUUGAACCGAUUUGUACUAUCAGUUCAAGUACAUAUCCACUCCAUACACGAGAUCAAUGCUACCUCAGUAAUCACUAGUUUCCGAGCAUUAUUAUUAAGUUGGAUCCGAUCCCCUACCCCUCCCCCAAGGUGCUCUCUAGUCUCUAUCCCCGCCUACUUACAAGUGUCACGUAGUGGACUCUCAUCGUACAUGACAAUGUCACUAACUAUCUAUAAUAUGAACAUAACAUAACAUAACAUGCAUAUCUAACCGUAGAUUUCUUUCUUUCUUUCCCUCCUCUACAAAUUCCCUCCUUCCUUCCAUCUCUUCUCCAACCUUCAAUCCCCUCUCUUUCUCUCUCUAAAAAACUCUUCAAAAAAUAAUAAACAUGACAGCGGACACUAAAAAAUCCUCAGAAAUCCCAGAUUGUGAGUACCACCCUAACAGUCCUUCAUUAAUCACUCCACAUCUUUCUACACCAACUCAUUCUCUCUAUCUCUCGAAUCUCGACGAUCAAAAGUUCCUUCGAUUCUCCAUUAAGUACCUUUACUUGUACGAGAAGGGUGUUUGUGUUGAGAGUUUGAAGCUUUCGCUUUCGAGGAUUCUGACCGAGUAUUACCCUCUAGCCGGGAGGUUGAGAGCUACUACUACUCUUAGUUCUACUACUCAUGAAAGUAGUGAUUAUCAAAAACUUGAAGUUGAAUGUAAUGGUGAAGGUGCUUUAUUUGCUGAGGCUUUUUUAGAUUUAUCUGUUAUUGAGUUUUUAGAGUUUUGUGGUAAGCCUAAUAAGUCUUGGAGGAAACUUCUUUACAAAGUUGAUGCUCUUUGCUUCUUGGAUGUUCCUCCUCUUGUUAUUCAGGUAACUAAUCUCAGGUGUGGUGGAAUGAUCCUGUGCACAGCAAUCAAUCAUUGCCUAUGUGAUGGCAUUGGCACAUCACAAUUUCUCAAUGCUUGGGCCCACAUCACUUCCAAUCCCAAUUCUGAUCCACCAAUCCAGCCAUUCCACUAUCGACACGUGUUAAAACCUAGGACCCCAUCAAAAGUUACCUUUACUCAUCCAGUGUUUACUAACUUUACCCCUAAGAUUGGAGAAAAUGGCCAUUUUGCCCUCAACAAAUAUUUACAGUCUCAACCCCUUGUUGCUACAUCCAUAACAUUCAACCCCUCCCAAAUUCUUAAAUUAAAAAGUAAAAUUACUCCAUCACAAAAAUGUACCACAUUUGAAGCCCUUGCAUCUCACACGUGGCAAGCGUGGGUUAAAUCAUUAAACUUGUCACAUUUGCUUAAUGUUAAACUUCUUUUCUCAGUUAACAUUAGAAAAAGGGUAAAACCAGAGUUACCACAAGGGUAUUACGGGAAUGGGUUUGUUCUUGGAUGUGCCGAGACAACGGUAAAAGAUUUGGUCACCAACAACUUAUGCCAUGGGGUGAAGUUGGUCCAACAAGCUAAGUCGUGUUUAAAUGACGAUUAUAUAAGAUCUAUGAUAGAUAUGUUGGAGGAUAAAAAGGUAAGAACAGAUCUAUCAGCAACAUUGGUAAUUUCUCAAUGGUCUAAGUUAGGUUUAGAAGAUUUGGAUUUCGGGUUAGGAAAACCAUUACAUAUGGGUCCAGUAGCUAGUGAUAUUUAUUGUUUAUUUCUACCCGUAGCUAAAGAUCCUGAAUCUGUGAGAGUUCUCGUAUCGUUGCCUCCAAAAUCUGCUGAAAAGUUUGAGUUUUACAUGACUCAAUUUUUGGAAUGUGACCGAAAUAUCGAGUUGAAUGGCUAUCAUAAUAACGAUGGAGAUAUGUUAACAUAUUAAGAUGGUACAUGUAUUGCACCACCUUUUCCUCCUAACAUGUAAUUAUUUUUAUAAACUGAGUAAUAUAAGCUAAGGUUGCAUUGUAUGUGGAAGCACCUUGGUUACCCUUUUGCUCCUUAUAAGUUAAAGAGUGGAAUGGCUAGUAAAGUUAUCCUCAAUUUAGUUGUAGAGUUUUGUACUUGAAAGCAUUUUCUUCAACAAAUCAUAUAACCAUUUGAAAA